AUGAAAGUGGCUUUUUCUGAAGUUAAUUUGGGCUAUUACCAAAAGAUUCUGGUUACAUCAUGUAAUCAGCAUUUUGGAAGGUGGCCUAAAUUAAGUUUAGAAAAAGCCUAUGAGCCAGCCUAUGCGGAGGCCUAG